CGGGUGUUGGCUGGGGCUGCCAGGCCCGCCCUUUGGGGCAUUAGGGGGCCAGCUCCUUUGGACAAAACACUCCUCCGCGGUAGAUACAGCCUCCCAAGCACACCUGCAGCAAUGCUGCUCGUCAGCAGCAAAUUCACGAGCCCGCUAGCGGCUGCGCGCGGCUCUGCAGGAGCCCCGCGCCUUGCCCUCCGGCCGCCGGGUGGAAGGAUAGGCGGCAGCGGAGGACAUGCCAGCGGGCGUCCUCUACAGCGGCGCCAUCAGCACCAGCAGGUCCGCGCAUUCACAGGCGGCGAGGAGGAGCAGGCGGCCAGCGCCCGCAGCCAGGGCCAUGCCUCCGUCACCUUCAGGGCCUGCCGCCACGUCGGCUUUGGGCAGGUGCUCAAGGUGGUGGGAGGCCCCGACCAGCUGGGCGGCUGGGAUGCAGACAAGGCGCCAGCCAUGGAGUGGAGCGAGGGCGACCAGUGGCUGCUGACGCUGGAGCUGCCUGAGGGGCGCCACGAGUUCAAGAUGGUAGUGGCGCAGGGCGGGCGCAGCGCCCAGUGGGAGGGCGGCGCGAACCGCACGCUGCAGGUUCCCGGGCCCCAGGCCGCCUCCCGCGGCGCCUUCACUGUGGUCUGCGAGUGGGGCAACACCGCUGCCAGCCUGGAGACGGUCCCAGGGGAGGAGCCGGAGGCGGCGCAGGACCUGGGCACAGGCACAGAGUCGGAUGAGUGUGCGCUGCGCCCAGAGGACCUCACCGCCGAGCCAUACUCGCCAACGGGCGACGAGGGCGAGCAUCCGGUGGCUGUGGUGGCCAAGAUGACUGUGGAGCGCCUGCCGCCAGAUGUGGCCAAGAUGACGGUCGAAGCGCUGCCGCCGGUCGCCGAGCCCGCGACACCUCUUGGCGCCACCCAGGCCGCAGCCGCAGAGCCUCCCCAGGUGCCUUCCGGCGAGCAGCCUGCAGCCCCUGCCGAUUCUGCCGCCGCCGCUGCCGGCACUGCUGCCGCCGAUGCGGCUGGGCCCGCGGGCAAGCAGGGCAGGAGGGCUGGCGCCACAGCCGCGCCUCGCGAGUCGCCGCGCGGCCCUGCCGCGGCCUCCGGGAAAAAGCCUGGCAAGGGCAGCUCGGGCAGCGGCAAAAAGGAGAGGGCAGGGCGCAGCAGCGGCGCCAUCAGCAGCAGCAGCACUCCUGGUACUUCUGCUGCCUCUGGCGGCGGCGGCAGCGCUGGCGGCGGCGCUGACCCGCAUGCGCCCGUGCCUAUGGAGGCUGGGGACCCCUCGCAGACCCCGGUGGGCAAGGGCGGCGAUGCGGAGCUGGGCGGGGAGCCCGCCGGCGGCCUCAAGCCCUCCACUGAAGCCGCCGUCAAGAAAGACCUGCAGCAAGCGGCGGCGGCAAAACCCGGCCUCUUUGCUCGCUUGAUGCAGGCGCUCACGGGCAGCAAUGUCGAGGACGAGGAUGAGUACGAUGAGGGCGGCGGCGGCGGUGGCUCCGGCGGCGGCGGCACCGGCACCGGCGGCGGCGGCGGCGCCUCCUCCUCCCCUCCCCCGGCCACAGACAAGGGCUGCGGGCUGCCCCCAGGCCCCUCUGGGCUGCUGGGCGCUUCUGAGGGUGUGUCCUACCUCGUGGUUGGCGGCGUGGUGGCCUGGAGCCUGGCGCGCAAGCUGGGCACCGGCAGCGGCCUGCCUGCCGGCCCGGCGGGCGUGCUUGGCGCGGUGGAGGGCGGCAGCUGGCUGGCGGCGCUGUCUGGGCUGGUGGUGCUGGGCCUUCAGUGGCAGGUAUACGGGUACAUCCCUUCUGCCCUCCCAGACAGCAACUGCUUCGGCGGGCAGGCGGCGGCGGCGGGUGGCUAUGCCACAGCGCAGGCGCCUGCGGCUGGCCAGCGGGCCUUCCCCGUGCUGGUGGCUGUGGACGGCGCCGAGGCUGCCACCCCGGCCUACGGCGGCGCCCUUCGCCUCGGCGCCGCCCACGCCCCGCCCCUGCCCCAGGCCAACCUGCUUUUCUCAAUGGAGGCCGCGCUGAGCCAGUCGGGGAGCAUCAUCGAGGGCGCCGAGACGGCGGCGGCGGCGGUGACGGCGGCGGCCGCCGGGCAGCCGCUGCCCGCGCAGGUGGCGGCGGCGGUGCAGCACCUGCACCAGCGCGCGGUGCAGGCUCAGCAGCUGGCCUCCGCGCUCACCAGCCGCGUGGUGGCGCUGGGCGACCGCGGCGCCGACCAGGCGCCUGCGGCGGCGCCGGCGCCGGCUGCGGCGCCCGCCCCCGAACCGCUCCGCUUCUCGCCGCCCCGCCACAAGCUGCGGGCCGCGCUGAGCUCCGGCUGGGCGGCUGUGGCGGAGAGCGACAAGGUCAGGGCGGUGCUGGAGCCGGUGCCGCUGCCGGCGGUGGCGCGGCAGGCGGCGCAGGCGGCCGGCGGCGCGCUGGAGGCGGUGGGCGCGGCGGCGGAGCGCACGGCGGCGGCGGUGGGGAGGGAGGAGGAGGUGGUGGCGGCGGUUAGCAGGCGCACCGCAGGCGCCGCGCUGUCUGGGGUGCAGCAGCGGGCAGAGGCGCUGCGCGGCGCCGCCGCCGCCGCUCACGGCCGCCUGGUGGCCGCGCUGCCGCCCCAGCUGCGCCAAUGGGCACCGGCGUCGGCGCAGCCGCAGCCGCAGCAGGCACCCGCCCCGGCCGCAGCAGCAGCGGCCACGGCGCCGCCGGCCAAGCCCGCACCCGCCAAGCCCUCGGCAGCCGCCAGCGCGGUUGGGGGCGCGGCUGCCAAGGCCGGCGCUGCAGCGGGCGGCGACAAGGCGCGCCCCGGCGUGCAGCCCAUCAGCGCCAGCAUGUUUGGCAGCGCCGUCAGCGACCUGCGAGAGGGGUUUGUGGGGCUGUGGCAGUCGGCGCUGGACUUUGACCCCGCGCAGGCCGCUGCGGCGCUGGAGGGGCGGCUGCACCAGCAGGCGCCGCCCGCCGCGGCGCCGCCGCCGGCAAAGGCGGAGGCGGCGGUGCCCGCCAAGCCCCUGACGGUGGGUAAGGCAGAGGUGGCUGACAACGCCGCCGUUGAAAACAACUGAGCAAUGAACGCACACGCAGCAUGUGGGUCCCCAGGGCCUGCUUGGCGCAGCACCUGCCGCCGCCUCCUCGCCGCUGGCCGGCGCUGCUGUCAGCCGCGGCAUCUCUUGCACACUGCGGGUGGGUGCCAGGGCUUGGCACCACCAGCAGCAGCAGCAGCACAAUACGCAGCUUUCUACUCAUUCUUCAGCACUGGGCCCAUACCGCCUCCCGCUGCAUUCUUGGUGGGCUUCUCCACCUGCCGGCAUCACUGUCACAGCUCUUCCUCAUGCUGCAGACACCUCCUUGCUUGCCUCGUCCUCAACCCCCCCUUUUCUCCCUCUCUCUCCCCUUGUCCCCCCCAAUUUUUGUGCCCGCACAUCCAGCACAGUACAGUACGCAUUACACAGUCAGCCCGCAUUUGGUUCUCCUUUGAUCAUCCCUGCGCCGCCCAGCUCCUUGCGCUGGCGCCGCGCCAGUUUUCCCAUUUCCCAAUAAAAACACUAAAUACUUAGUGCAAGCAAUCCGUUUCUGUAACCUGUCGGCCAGC